CGGGAAUGAAGGAAUGGGGCACAGGUGUCAAGGGAGGGGGGUCAGGUGAAAGGAGCGGAGGGGAGACUGAUGCUAUGCCCUCCCUACACCUGUUGCUACCCCAAGUUGUGUGUUCCCCCGAGCUGUCUCCUCCCCUUGUGUGUGUGUGUGUGUGUGUGUGUGUGUCUUGUAACAAUAUUUUCUUCUUUUUGAUAUCAUGAUUUUCUUCUUGCUUAUUAUACACACUCUCGUCUACUACUACUACUACUACUACUACUACUACUACCAACUAUCAUUCCAUACACUAUCCGUGUCUCUUACAUCACUAAAUCUACCAGCACACAUUACUGCCACUGCUGCCACCAUCGCCAUCACCAUCACCACCGCCAGUGUGUUUCAGUCUUCUUAGUUACGUCUCCCCGGCUACUCCUCCCACGACCACGUCUGUACACAACACAACUGACAUCCGCACUCUUUGUUGAGUGCAGCGCAUACAGAGGGAUGUAAGCAGCAGGGUUGCUGCAUACCGGACAUGCAAGCCUGUUUCAAUAAUCAGCCUUCCCCUUCCAACAUGAGUGAAGCGAGUGUCACGAGCUUGGCGUACCAGAAGAACAAAGAGUGCCACCUGCCUGGGCUUAAAUCCGACCAGGUGACAAAAUACUACAACUCCUGGUCUUCUUCUUAUGACAAACUGAUGGUGCCCGGGACAUACAACGGUCCACAGAUUGCCUUUGAUGAGACACUGAGCCAUAUCCCGCUGCACUUGCGGUCCACGUGUCGUGUCCUGGACGUGGCGGCGGGCACGGGACAGCUGGGCACGAUGCUGGCCCAAGCUGGCUUCAGAUUCUUGGAUGCCGUGGAACCUUCUCCAGGAAUGCUACAGAUACUGCGGGAGAAAGGCGUAUAUUGCAAGAUCUACCAAGAUUAUAUGGGAAAUGCUGUUUGCGAAACCAAGAUCCCUCGAGGAACCUAUGAUGUUGUGGCAGUGGUGGGAGGGUUUGGAGAGGGUCAUCUGCCUGUUACGAGUGUGGACGACAUGAUCACCGCCACCAAACCAGGUGGCUUGGUGGUGAUUGUGAUGAGACAUGAAUACCUGACGAUUGUCGACGCGUACAGAGACAAACUGGAGCCUCACCUGGCCAGUCUGGAGGAAAGAAACUACUGGACGAGGGUAACACGAAAAGUGGUCCCUAAUUAUUUCUGUGGUAAGGAUGGAUUCGUUCUGACUUACAAAGUACUGUAACACACACACACACACACACACACACACACACACACACACACACACACACACACACACACACACAGAGAGAGAGAGAGAGAUAGCACACACACACAGAGAGAGAGAGAUAGCACACACACACACACACACACACACACACACACACACACACACACACACACACACACACACACACACACACACACACACACACACA